GCAAGGUGUAUGAGCAGCUUUCCUCAGCAGCUCAAAGUACUGCCUGUCCUGUCCUUAAAGAACAACAAAUAUAUCUUAAGUUAAAACGUAUACAAAGGGAUAUUUAUCUACAACGGGCAGGUUUUUUUUUUAACAUGGAAAGCCACCAAGGAACUUUUGAGAAGCCUCUCUGUCGUGCUGCGGUUUUGGAAAGGCCAGUGCACACUGCGUGGAACAUGACCAUCUGAACUCUGCAGCCGGAGUCCUCUUCUCAUUUCUCUAAUAGAGUACCAACAUUACCCCUUCUUAUAUUCUGAAUCUAUAACAAACACAAAACUCUUUAUUGUUUCAUGUUAGCAUUUGCAAAUUGUGCUUAAAUCAACGUGCUCAGAGAAGAUUCUUCUUUCCAAGCGAAAUGGAUGACCCAGGUUCGGUCUCCAUCUUCUCGUCCUCAGCUCCUUUGUACACCUUUUCUUUCCUCUCGAACCUGUCCACACCUUCCCCUUCUCCCCUAGUUUAUCCAUCCCCAAGUGUAGCAUCCACAGCUCUUUUUUGUUUCUUUCUAUCGCUCCUUUCGCUUCUGGGUAUUCUGGGAAACCUCUACACUCUGGGGCUUCUCAUUCAGCGCCGCAGGGGCCCCAGAAGGAGACGCAGUAUGGCACCAAGCUGCUGUUUGACUCCUGCUUGCCUUAGAACCUUUUCCCCAUCUCACUCUUCUAAUUCCUCCCCCACCUCGUCUUCCUCUUUUUCUUCUUCUUCUUCACUUCAUCUACAGGUUCUGAGUCUGGCUUUGGCAGAUCUGCUUUACCUUUCCACAGCACCCUUUAUCGUUUAUGACAGCCUGGCAUCUGAUUGGGCCUUUGGUGAACUCGGCUGCCGCCUCCUGCUCAGCCUGGACCUGCUCACCAUGCACGCCAGCAUCUUCACACUGACUGCAAUGAGUCUGGACCGAUACCGUGCUGUGGCAGACCCACUUGCUGCCUCUUCAGCUCCUACUUCAGGCCUGCGGCGUGUGGUUCUGGCAUGGGGCCUUGCUGUGGCACUCAGCCUACCCAUGAUGAUCACUCUGCACCUGGAGGAUGGAGAAAACCAGGAGGGCAAAUUGUGUGUUCCAGCAUGGGAUGAGCAGAGCUCCAAAGCUUACCUCAGUGUACUAUUCUGCACCAGUAUCCUAGGACCAGGUCUGGCCAUCGGGGGUCUGUAUGCAGCGUUGGGGCGUCACUACUGGGUUUCCCAGACCCAAUUGGCCUGGGCUGGUGGAUGUAGCGCCAACCCACCCCGUGCUCCUAGACCCAAAGUCCUCCUUCUCAUCCUGGGAAUUGUGCUUACAUUCUGGGCCUGUUUCCUUCCAUUCUGGAUUUGGCAGUUGCUACCACUCUAUCACCCAGAAGUUCUACGUGUUGUACCAGUAGGCACACAGGUUACUGUUAACCGGAUCCUAACAGGACUAACAUACGGGAACUCAUGUGUUAAUCCAUUUUUUUACACAUUGCUGACAGGAAAGCGGCACCGGACCAGCAGGCAGACAGCAAGCACGGCUGCUCCAUUCUUCCAAAAGGGAAUCUCUGUUCACCAGUGAAAGCACUUUUUACCCACCCAAAAUAUAUAAGUGCACUUUUCACAACUCUUUUGUCAGUUCCCAUUUGUCAGUAUGACAUACAGUAUAUCAUUCAUUGAUUCAUAUUCAGUAACCAUAAUCAAUUUAUUCUGGUUAGUCGUGAUGGAUCCAGGGCCAAUCCCGGGAACACUUGACACAAUAGAGGGAAAUAUACCCUGCAUGGAACACCAGUCCUUUGCAGGACAUAUUACAGACAUCUUUUUAAAUUAAUUGGAUUAUAUAUUAUUCUGGUACUCAUGUAUUUCAGUUGCAUCAUUAUUGCUGCAGUCAAAUAUAUUAAGUAUUCACCCGUUAGGGUCAUUGGGUUUAGGAGUCUCCUAAUGAUAAACAUUUUCUCUACUAAAAGGCAAUGUGUAAUAAUCUGCUUAUAUGAGGCUCUUGUGCUUUUUAAAAGCAAAGUUCAUAAUGAAGCAUCAGGCCCUCAAUUAGCAAACACAGUGAACAGAAGUGUGCAAAACAUCUGUUUGACGAGACACCAAAGGCGCAACAUUAAAGGGACGACACAAGUUUUGACAUGAUUUGUAACUUGCCCAAAGGGAAUUUUCACUGCAGGUGUGAAGCACUUUAAAACCAGAUUGGUUUAUUAGCCAUAAUGAAAGGAAAGACCAUAUAUUUAAAUUAGGCUCAAAGCUAAAGAAUAAUUCCCAUAGGAAUUUGCUCUUUGAAGAGGAUAAAUAUUGUCCAUUCUUUUAGGAUUUGUAAAUGUGUAUCAACUCAUACAAAGCUGUUUAGUUCUCAUACUGCAAUGUUUUACCUUUGUACAUUAAUAUGUCAAUUCCCAUUUAUUUUGUUUGUCAUUCAGUGGACAAUAAUUUUCAUAACUUUUAUUUUACUGGCUUAUACACACUUUUUACAUUAGUAAAUCGGCAAUAAUACAGAUUUGACAACACUGACACUGCUUCCUUACAAAAAUCUUGUUCUACUGAUUUACUUUACUGAAUGCUUGGCUCUAAUUUAAAUAUUUGGAAAACUACAGCCUACUGCAUUCUAUAAUAUAAUAUGUUUCCUAGAAGGUAUUGGUAUUCUUUGCAUUCAGAGUCUUCUAUGACUCUUGAAAACGUCAGACUUUGUUUGCCUUUCACAGCAAACUGCAUUAAUUUUUGCAUCUGUCUUUUCCCUGCAUUGCUUUGCACAAAACAUAGUCACAAACAUUCAUAUAUAUGCAUUUGUGACAAUAAUAUAUAUUGAUGAAUAAAAAUACCCCUUUAAUACUGAA